UGGGCGGAUUGUGAUCGGUGGGCAUUUUCGCAAUUUUUGGGCGAUUUUUCGAAAUGUCAUUUUCCUUGUAUUUUGAAGGUUAUAGAUUACGAAUUCCUGUUGAGGUUAUUCUUCACUGAUGAUUAAGUAUGUUAAGCAUCAAUUUUGAGCGGAUUUUUUCCGGGGCCAUUUUAGGCAAAUUUCAAAGGGGUAUCAUCACAGAUUUCGUGCGAUUCUUUUAAAAUAUCAUUUUCCUUGGAUUUUGAAAGUUACAAAUCACGAAACUAGUGUGUGUCUAUUCUCUCCCAAUGAUAAACUCUAUUAGUCGCCCGAUUUGGGCGAAUUUUUUUCCAAGUGCAUUUUUGUUAUUUUUUGGACGAAUUUUUUAAAGACCAUUUUCCUUGUCUUUUUAAGGCUACAGAUCACGAAUUCGGUCUGAGACUAUUCUCCAACGAUUUUUAAGUCUAUUAAGCACCGAUAUGUAAGGAUUUUUUCUGGGGCCAUUUUUGUCAGAUUCUAAAGGGGUAUCAUCACAGCUUUCGGGAGAUUUUUCGGAAAUGUCAUUUUCCUUGAAUUUUGAUGCCUGCAAAUCACAUAUUCGUACUAAUGUUAUUCUUCACCGAUGAUUGAGUCAUUUAAGCACCGAUUUGGGAGGAUUUUUGGAGGACCAUUUAUUGCAGAAUUUUGAAGUAUUUUUUCGAAAUGUCAUUUUCAUUGGAUUUUGAAGGUUACAGAUCACGGAUUCGAAAUGAGACUAUUCUCCACCAAUGAGAAAGUUUAUUAAUCGAUGACAUGGAAGGAUUUUCCUGGGGCCAUUUUUGGUAGAUUCCAAAAGGCUACCAUCACAAAUUUCAUGUGAUUUUUUCGAGGUCAUUUUCUUCCGAAUUUGAAGGCUACACAUCUCGGAUUUGGCCUAAGGCAAUUUUUCACCGACGAUUAAGUCUAUUAAACACCGAUUUAGGCAGAUUUUUCAGGGAACAUUUUUUUGUAGAUUCUAAAAAAGUACCAUCACAAAUUUUGAGCAAUUUUUUGGACAGCACCAUAAUCAACUUGAAUGGUUACGAUACAUUUUGCCCAAUCAUAUUUAGAGCUAGUUUUAUUUGGGGGUUAUCGACAACACAUAAAAUCCACUUGAGAUCGUUCAUAUUAGCUAAUCUGCUGGACCAAGAUGCUAUAGACUAUACAUUUCUAGCAAAUCCAAACUCAUUUUUCUUGUUUAUCUUAAUAAACUUAAGAAAUAAGUUCUAAUUCCAAGUAAUCAAAUGAUGAAAAUGAUAAUAGCAAUGCCCUAACAAAAAUGGAGGUAUGCUAUAAUACAAUGCAGCAAGGGUCAGAAAGAAUGUCUCUAUUUGACUAGAAAUAUCACAUAUUGUCGCCACUCGCCAGGUGGUUUAAAAGAGAAGACAAAUCAAUGAUAAAGGAUGAAAAUGAUACCUAAUCCGAACUGCAACUGGUCUUCUCCAACAUGAGCCACAAGUACAGAUUUUUGGGGGACAGAAAAUAUCCUACUCUGCCACAUCCGCCAUUGGCUCCACUUGCCUCCUUUCACAUAGCCAUUUGGUAAAAGCAAGGAUCACAAACCCAAUUCUCAUGUAACCACAUCGAAUCUCCCAGUAUGGCUGCUGCUGCUGCUGCUGCACUUCCUUCAAUUACCUCUCCAACUUCUUCUUCUACUACUACUACUGCUUUCAUUCAUUCUUCCAAGACAGGUCCUCGAGCCUAUGGUCCAUCCUUCUCAAAUGUCAGAUCAUAUGGUACACUGAAGGGAAGACUACCAAACUCUUGCAAGGCGGUUCCAAGAGGCAUUAAGAUCCUAUGUACAGCAACCAAGCCUGCAAAAUCGCCAGCUGAAGAAGAAUGGAAGGUGAAGAGAGAGUUACUGCUGCAGAAGAAGGUGAGGAGUGUGGAGGUGAAGGAAGCUCUUCGACUUCAGAAAGAAAACAACUUUGUGAUCCUUGACGUGCGGCCAGAAGCUGAAUUCAAGAAGGGUCACGCACCAGGUGCGAUCAAUGUCCAAAUAUACAGGCUUAUAAAAGAGUGGACGGCCUGGGACAUUGCCAGGCGUGCUGCUUUUGCAUUUUUUGGCAUCUUUGCUGGCACUGAAGAAAACCCUGAGUUUAUACAGACUGUCGAUUCCAAACUUGGUAAAGAUGCAAAGAUAAUAGUGGCUUGCUCAGCAGGCGGUACAAUGAAACCAUCACAAAAUCUUCCUCAAGGUCAACAGUCCAGAUCACUGAUAGCUGCAUACCUGUUAGUCCUCAAUGGUUAUAAGAACGUCUUCCACUUAGAAGGGGGUCUCUAUACAUGGUUCAAAGAGGGGUUGCCAGCUGCAGCCGAAGAAGAAUGAGGAAUCAUUGUGAUUUUUCGCAGAAUGGUGCUUCAUGACAAGCCAGAAGUUUUGCACCACCGAGCAAACGAAGGUUAAUGCUCCUGUAUCCUGACAAAUUAACAGACUGGUGGUUAUUGGGCUGGUGUAUCCUAGGAUUGAAGAUCUUAUGUAAAUGACAAUUCAAUGUCUGUUCAUCAUUCCCCUCAAUUUCAGGGGGAAUAAAUCCAACUAGUUAAUUUAUUGGAGCAACUCCAGGAAAAUAACAUGUCAGCUGAAGA